AUGCCGCAAGAGAAGCCGAUUACCGCCUACCCCAGCGUUGAGCUGCAGGAGCAGAACCAGGAAGGUGGCCCUGGUCUCGACGCCGAGCUCAAGCCCGCCGCCAACUUCACCCAGCUGGAGUUUUGGGGCGACGACGGCAAGCCUUAUCUGAAAGAGUACGAAGGCCGCGGCCUGCUGAAGGACAAGGCUGUUCUGAUCACCGGUGGCGACUCCGGCAUUGGCCGCUCCGUGGCAAUCCUCAUGGCACGGGAGGGUGCUGAUGUCUCCAUUGUCUACCUGCCCGAAGAAGAGAAGGACGCACAAUGGACCAAGGCCCAGAUCGAGAAGGCCGGCAGACGAGCCAACCUCAUGGCCUCGAAUGUGCGCGAAGAGGACGAGUGCAAGAAGGUGGUCGAUGGCCACAUCAAGGCUUUCGGCAAGCUGAAUGUGCUGGUCAAUAACAGCGCAAUGCAGGAGAUCUCCAACGAGUUCCGCGACAUCGACUUGCAAUCAGUGGAGAAAACCUAUCGGACAAACAUCCUCUCCAUUUUUGCCAUGACCAAGUUUGCUCUUCAACACAUGAAGCGCGGCGAUUGCAUCGUCAACUCCAGCUCCGUGGCUGCCUACAUGGGCAACCCUCAGCUUGUCGACUACUCGUCUACCAAGGGCGCCAUCACCACUUUUACGCGUUCUCUGGCCCAACAGCAGGCAAAGCACGGCAUUAGGGUCAACGCCGUCGCACCGGGAAUCAUCUGGACGCCGCUUCAACCAGCCACAAAGGGGAACCCCCCGGAGGUCAUGAAGGGCCUUGGGGUCGGCGAAGCCCCUCUUAACCGGCCAGGUAUGCCAGUCGAGAUUGCCACCGCUUACGUCUUCCUUGCCAGUCCAUACGGAUCUUACUUCACAGGCGAGACUGUUCAUGGCACUGGAGGUUUGGAAGUCCAGGGUUAA